UUCUCGUUUAUCUGUCAUCGACAUUUUUCAAGCGUAAAGCCGUUAUUUUUCAAGAUCGUUCGGUUGCGAAUUUGUUUUGCUGUGCAUUGCAAAGUGAAAUGUGAAAUAUUUGAAAGUUUCUUUGAGUGUUUCUGUUAUUGUGUGUGCGAGUAAGAAUUAAUCAAAAUGAGUUCAGAAAACUCAGAUUCGGGCCCUGGGCUCACGCUGUCUUUGGUGGCUCAAUUCGAUGAUAUAAAUCGGUUGAACGGAAUCCUAAACGACGGGGCGGCUGAAGAAUGUUUCCUUGCCUUCCUAAAACAAAUGGAAUGGGUCCGUGGUCAGUGGGCAGCCGCAGAGAAAGAGGCGGCUCGGAUACAGACGGAGCUUGAUGAGGCACUCCGCACUCUUGCCAAGUGGGAGGCCAAGUUUGCACAUGUGAGGAAGUUGCUGGACGGAGAGAAGAGGGAGAGGAACAUUGUGCUGAAGAAGUAUAAUGAACUGAGUAAACUGUUGGACAUGGCUAGAGACCUCCUCUUCAAUGAUAACCGUGCUAAGCUGAAUGAUGAGACUCUGCAGAAACUCGCCUUUCUGAAUGGAACUGCUCAACAGGACCAUAAUGCUAAGCUUAAUUGCGUGCCUGAGCUUAAUUCUACAGGUACUCUUCUAUCAGAGAUGUCAUACUCCCGAUCUGAGGAUGAUUUGGACCUCUCGAUUGCGUCGACUCGCCGUUCCUGGGUGGCUCGCGGCGGGUGGAACGCGCGUGAAAACGCACCCGUACCUAAGAAACGACGGUCUUCUACGUCUUCUGCUACUAAGACUGUAGAGCUACAAGGUGGUAAAGUGCUGGCCACUGCCACCACUACACUGACACUCGAGCGCGCCCCCACCAGCCAUGACCUGAAGCCGCCUAAUAACUUCCAACCUAUAUCAGAGAGCAGUGACGAGGCGCCCCCGCCGCGCAAGUCGUCGGCGCGUCUGUCGGGCAGGAUGCAGCACUACGGCAAGGACGACUGCACGCCCUCCGCGCCACCGCGCACUGUUGUACAUACAGACACAGAGAGUGGGUCGGAGACUCCCCGCGCGGCCCCGCAGCGCACCCCGUCCGUGGUGUCGGCCGGCUUCGGCGCCUCGCCGCGAGCUCGCCCGCGACAACAUAACUUCGUCGCCAAGAACUUCUACAAGAGGGAGACCUGUGGCCCGUGUGGGAAGACCAUCAAGUUCGCGAAGCUGGGCGUGAAGUGCGAGUCGUGUCGCGCGCAGACACACGCGGAGUGCCGCGCGCUGCUGCCGCUGCCCUGCGUGCCCGGGCCCGCGCCGCGCCGCGUCCACGCGCCGCAGGAGGGCUGUAUCUCAGACUACGCUCCGUCGACGCCGCCGAUGGUGCCCGCGCUACUGGUGCAUUGUAUCAACGAAGUGGAGAAGCGAGGACUCACUGAGAAAGGAAUAUACCGCAUCAGUGCUACCGAUAAAGAUGUUAAACGACUUAAGGAGCGUUUCCUCCGCGGCUGCGGGUCGCCGUCGCUGUCGGGCGAGGACGUGCACGUGCUGUGUGGCUGCAUCAAGGACUUCCUGCGCUCCCUGCGCGAGCCGCUCGUGACGUCGGCGCUGUGGGCCGACUUCAUGGACGCGGCCAAGCUCGGCGAGCCCAGCGACGCCACGGCCGCCAUCGUCCAGGCCGUCAGUCAACUGCCGCAGCCUAACAGAGAUACUCUCGCCUUCCUCGUGCUGCACUUACAGAAAGUAGCAGAAAGUCCAGACUGUGAGAUGGGCAUCGACAACCUGGCGAAGAUAUUUGGUCCCACACUUAUUGGCUACGGCCUCAUGUCACAACCCACCGAGAUGUACAACGCCACUGCGCAGAUGUUCAAUGUGAUGCAGUUACUGCUCCGCCUGCCAUGCGACUACUGGUCUCAGUGGGCGUGUCCCAACAACGACCCGGCCUCUCCCGUCGCCGGCACUCUGCCACGACCACGAGGAUUCUUCUUCUCACCCGCCGAUACUGGGGUAUCCAGGAAAAAGAGGAACUAUUUCCAGUGACACUAAAAUUAAACUUUAUUGUUAACAUUUAGAAUUAAUUUUCGUUUGUUCGUGUAAGUGAACAUUUCUGUUAACCAUUUAACUUUGUAAAUUCUUACUUAUUUAUAACUACUUAGGGUUUUCUUAGUUUUUAUUGAUAUUCAUACGUUUUGACUAACUUAAGUUAUAUAGAUCAUUAUAAACUUAGGACAUUUUGUUGUUUAACACUUUAUUAACGUUUACACCCCUUCUUGGGGUUCUUGGGCGGUUUAUGAAAAUUAGAACUAUGUACACUCGGCUACACAUCGAGCUUUCCAUAACCAGUAUAAACUGAACGUUAAAUGUGCGGAAAGAUGAUGCGACGCGACACCAGGAUAAACUGGUUUUGUAUAGAUCGAUAUGUGGUCGUGUGUACUUGCAAUUAUUUGGUUGGUCUUUUUUCAUAGUAAUACAAUAUUUUGUUUUGCAAUAAUUAGCUAAUUAUUUCUGCUUUUCGAAAUUUAAUCACAUACCUACACUUAUUUCGAGUAUCCCAAAUCGUUUUUUUUUCUGUUUCGAAGCAAGUAUUAUGAAACACAAAUGUUUUAAUUUACUUUCCUAGCUAAAAAUAAUUUGUACUUAAUUUUUCUUUUGUAAUUAGUUUAUAUUUUUGUGUAUACAUUAAAAUUAUAAGGUUACUGAUUUUUUGCGCUUUUCAUGGGAAAAUGGACAAUAAUUCAGUACCUCAAUUAAGACUAGAAUAGACAGUAAGACAUUGUCUAGUUCAUAACUUUAUUUAAAAUUCUUACAGUUAACUUCAUGGUAAAAGUAGCAUUUAAAAAAGAAUAUCUCAUCUUUUUAAUAUUUUAAGUCGCGUUUAUGUUGGACAUCUUACUAUUGAAAUUUUGAUCAUUAUAAAGUGCCAGUACAGUUGGUAGAGAUUCGUUACAUCAUUUAACCGCUUCAAUUGUAUAUAAGACACACUUCGGCACGAAUGGGCCGGCUCGACCGGAGUGAUACCACGGCCUCACAGAAAACCGACGUGAAGCAACG